AUGCGAUGCGCGAGCAAGGCCGCCGAGAGCGCGUCCGCACGUCUCUGUGCGGACGCCGAAGCAGAAACCACAGCAACUGAUGUCUCAUCGGUUGAUGAAGCGACUCAGCCUGUGUCACUUGGUGAUGCAGGCGAUGGUCAUGAAGACGCUCAUGUCUUCACAGAGAAUGAGCUCGGAGUCUCAUACUCUCCUGAUACGGAAGACGGAUCCGUAUCGACGGCGAUUGAAUCCAAGCCGCCUGCCAAGUGUGGCAUGGAUGAUGCUAUGCGUCGUAGCAUCUUUGGUUCAUCUGAUGAAUCAGAUGAACCAUCGCCGAAGCGAAGGCGCUCGAGGUCGCGAGACUCGGGCUCUAACAGUGGUGUCGGUUCUCCUAUCGACACCACUUCGCAACGAGGUGCCAGUCCUUCUGUCGGCACGUCGCAAGAAGAGCGGACCGCAGUGUGUUGCGUCUCGCUCCCGUGA